UAUUCUUUUUUAAUAAUUUUACAUAUCACCAUCAUUAACCAUUCUGUCUGUAUUGUACUUUAUAGUGUACAUAUACACCAUUACCAUAUUCUACUACCCUAUUUUAUGUAUAGACUAAUUACAUGUAUAUUCUAUUGCUUAUUCAUUUAUUUUUAUUCUCAAGGUGAUGGUACAUUGAGGUUAUGGGAUGUCUCUCAAUCAUUGAACACUGGUACUGUUAAUGAUGGAGGGAAUGAGGUGCUCUCUUGCAGCUGGAAUAAAUAUGAACAAAAUUUAUUAUGCUCUGCUGGUACAGACAACACAAUAAAAUUGUGGGAUAUAAGACAGUUUACUGUGCCAUUAUUGAUAAUGACUGGUCACUCGCAAUCAGUUAGACAAAUCAAAUUUGAUCCACACACUCCAAGUUACCUAGCAUCAUGUUCCUAUGACUUCACUGUGAGACUGUGGGAUACAGUUAAUCCAUUGCAUCCUCUCAUACAAACAAUCUCCCAUCAUAAUGAGUUCACGUAUUCUGUUGAUUUCAGUGUUCACCAGAAAGGACUGGUAAGUCUUCUCACUCCUUCUCACCUCCAGCCU